AUGUCAGAAUACUGGAAAUCCACGCCGAAAUACUGGUGCAAGCACUGUCAAAUCUAUGUUCGCGACACGAAACUCGAGCGCCAAAACCACGAAUCUACCGGCAAGCAUCAAGGUGCCCUCAAACGAUUCCUGCGCGACCUACACCGCGGCCACGAGCGCGAAGAGCGAGAGAAAGACCGCGCAAAGCAAGAAAUCGCCCGUCUCAAUGGCGUCGUAUCCGGAUCUUCAUCAUCCUCGGCAGCUGGUCCAUCACGACCUGCGCCGAGCACCCAGCCGAGCGCACCGUCAGAAGCGUCCCUGAAGAAGCAAAGGGAACAGCUCGCCGAGAUGGGCGUUGCUAUGCCGAGCGCUUUCCUACCCGAGAUGGCUAUGCCAGGAGAAUGGACGGUUACGAAUACACGAGUUAUCGAGAAGCCAGAAGAAGAUGGGGAGGUCAAGGUUGAGACCAGAGCGCACGGCGUGCGGAAGCGCGAGGCGACAGAACAAGAAAAGGAAGAAGAGGAUGCUAUGCAAGGGUUAUUCAAGAAACCUCGACGAUGGGGACGAGAUUCGAAAGUGAUGCCCCAAGACGAUCAUGAGCUGGAUGCGCUCCUAAGCGGGUCGACAUUUACGCCUCGCCCUGUCAAGGAGGAAGCAGUCAAGGAGGAGGAGGAUACAAAGGACGUCAAGAAGGAAGACAAUGAAGACAACGCAACGCCGGUAAAGGAAGAGGAGACGUCGGCUGUCAAGACAGAAGCGCCGGAUGUAGAGCCUCUGAUAAAGCCAGAGCCUGAGGAAGCAGAGUCUGGAGUGCCUACGGUGGUAUUCAAGAAGAGAAAGCCAAAGGGAAUUCGACAAAAGUAA